UAUGUGAAGAGCGCAGAAAUAUAGAAGCAUUACGACAGCAGCCGGCUUCUUUACGGCACUCUUAUUUCUUGUAUCUACUAAGCAACCGCUGCCCAAAUUUUAGGCUGCAUAGAUGCAGCCUGGGUUAAAGGGAUACAGCUCGAACUGAUGGAAAACACAGACCAGCAUGAAAGAGACUGACACUGGAGGGGCUGAGAAGGAUGAGCAAUGCGAGGACAAUGAGGAAGAGGUUCCAAUGAGUCGCAGUUUCUCGGUAGAAGACCUCCUUGAUGAGGUGGAGAAGAUCUGCUACGAUGCAUCCGGGACGUCAAAGGUAAAGGAGGUGGAGAUGGUGGUGAGGCUGUGGAAGGACGGCUUUACCAUUAAUGACGGAGACUUUCGCAGCUACUCCGUGCCGGAGAAUCAACAUUUCCUGGAUGCCAUCAAAAGAGGGGAGCUUCCAGCAGAGUGGGAGAGCAGAGCAGAGGAAGAGGAGCUGGAAAUAAGUGUGGAAGAUAUGACUGAGGAGAAUUAUGUCCCCAGGAAGAAGGCUUUUCACCCAUUUAGCGGGAGAGGAUACCGACUUGGCAGCGUUGCUCCCAGAGUUGUGGCCCGGUCACCAUCUGUGCACGAGGAUGGAGAAUCUCCUCCUAUUCCCAUGGUAACACUAGACCACUCCCUACCCGUCACCUCUCUGCAGAUCUGGUUGGCCGACGGCAGGAGACUGAUACAGAGGUUCAACCUAUCGCAUAGGAUCUCUGAUGUCCAGGAUUUUGUUGCACGUUGCCAGAGGAGCUGCCCACCGUUUGUCCUGACGACAUCACUUCCUUUCCGCGAGCUCAACGACAAAGAUUUAAGUCUGGAGGAGGCGGAUUUGGCACAUGCAGUCAUCAUGCAGAGACCUCUGAACACACAGGCUGUGUUUGGACACUCCUGACCGACACAUACCCACACCUAACGCUGCAUGCCACCUUCCCCUUCUCUCACAGACGCAUCCACCCCACCUCUUUUUUUUUUUAUAGCCGCCUUAAGGCUUCCUGCACCUUGAAGUAUUUUAGUCCUAUCCAUGUACUUUUAACUUAAUUGCUCAGUUUAUUUGGUUUUCUCUACAAUCUAAAGGUGAAAUCCUCUCCAGGAUAUUUAGAAAGUGCUGCUAAGGUGCUGUUCUGUUGACGGUGUCUACUUCUUUCUUGAUUUUUCUGCAAAGCCAAGUUUGCCUGAACAGAAUCCUGAUUAGUGGCUACACAGGCAAAUCCACGGUGUCACAUUUAUGCAUCUGGAAUGAAAUUUGCAUCCCUUCAUCAAACACCUAAAGGCCACUGUCUUUUCAUUAGCUAUUUGAACCUUUAUUGAGGUAAACUGAUAUUACAGCAUACAGCUUUAAUUACUGAGGUGAAAACACAAGUAAAAUAAAAUUUUAGAUUAAUUUUAAAUUACACAAUGAGGCGGAAACUUGUUCAUUGAAUGCAGUAAUGUCUGGUUACAUUUGCCUUUAUAAAUUGCAGAUGUUCUUUGAAUAUUAAUAUAGAUUCUUGACCUCUCUUUAUAAGAAUUGGACAGGAUUCAUGAUAGGAAACCAAAAUAAUGUAACCAACUCUAAACCAGAAUAGUGGUCAAAUAUACACUCCAAAUUGUUCAAAAUGCUUGCAGAUAAGCAACCUUCCUACCUGCUUAAGACCACUUAUAAAAGUAUUGAUGGUGAUAUAUGCAUAUGCUUGAACAUCUGCAUGUAUAAUUUGACCUUUAUGUAAAUCAGAGGAAAUGCAAUGUUAACUUAUUAAAGAUCAUUAAAGUUGUAUGCUGUAUAAUCACUCCUCUGGGAAAGGAAAAGUUCAAAUAAAUCAUUAAAAGCUCCAAAAUGAAUAUAAAUCCCAUCCAAACGUCUGCUCUGAGCCGCCACCCCUUCCCCAUGACUUCUCAGUUCCUGUUAGACAGCUAUGAUCAAAGUCUUCCCAAAGUAUGAACACAACUCUUAUGCACUGUUAGCAGUUUUAACCAGGAGCUGAUGGGUUAAGUUUACAUUUAGGUUUUGUUUGCACAGCAGUGAUGUUCUGGUCUUUGUAUGUUUUGAUUAUUUCUUUAAAUGUGAAUACUCAUCUCUGUUUUAUUGCGGUUUAUGAGGAGGAGUAAGAAAAUGUGAAAUCUGCUGCUUGAUUGAAUGAUUGAGGAACCCCUCAAAUCAUAAUUUAAUGUAAUACCCCCUCCCUCCAGAGUUAAGCUUCUUUUACUUCCGUUUGACAAAGAACAUCUAUUAUUUUAUGCUGGAUGAGGGAUUGAAUUCAACAAUGAUUUAACAUCUUACAUUCUUAUUUUAUAUCUCUUUUUUUAUUGCAUCAUUAUUAUUUUUUUAACCCCAGAAACUUACAUAUUUCUGAGCCUUUUUUAUGAGAUUG